AUGGACGUAUCACCGUCACGCCCCUCCUGGGCAUUUGUCACCGACGCCAUCAUCAGCUCCUUGAAAGCAGCGUACCCAAGUGCCUCUGACGAUCCCCGCUCCUUCCUUACAGCCUGGGCCCCACCGGCACAGGGCCUGCGGGUGUCCUCGCUGUCCAAAAACAUAUCCAACCUACUAAAAACCGCCAAAAAACAUUGCGUGAGCUUCGCACCCAUCAAAAUGCACACAAACCUUAAGCUCCUGCUGCCUGCUUGGGACCACAUGGGCGCCCCGCCCAAGACCUACAAUAAGAAAAAGGACGCAUGUCUCCGAACGGUUCACAGGAUCAGGACGGUGAACGACCUCUUCUCCCUCACGACCCGCCUAAGGACCAACGGACCUCACCAGGCCAGGCGGAACUGUGCCUGCAACCCCUGUAAAAACGAUCUGGUAUCUGGAUGUCCCAACCCCCACAAAUGUGCCAGUGCAGCGCAAAACAUCCUUCAAAAGCUUCCCUCCAAGUACGACUACUCAUACUCCCCGCAAAGAGAUAACCUAACCUUGACGCACCGAAGGAAAGAGAAAAACACCAGAGCCAUCCUGAGCCAGCGGGGAGAGGUCACUUUCGACCCCUCCGUCACCGAAAACGACCUGUCUGCCUGCAUGAGGAUCUUC